AUGUUAUUUGAUAUAAUAAACUGUGAUCCAAUUGAUUUAACCCUGGUACCCGGAUCAAUUGGCCAGGAUGUAGUCGAGGCUAGUAUUGCCAAAGUGAACCAGAUCAAAUUGUUUGCCGAUGACUCAGGGCUACUAUUUAGACUGGCAUUAGUUGAAUCAAAUUUCGGUGAAAAUCCCCGAAUAUUUACCGCCAACGACAACACUAAUGAAUCGUCAAAUAUCUGGUCAAUCGAUAGCCAAAAAUUUCGGGAAACUAAAGAUAUUGUCAAACAUCCGGAAUUGGUUCAGAUUUAUACAGAAUUAAUGGAUAAAUUUCAUAUCAAUUGGCAAACAGUUAGUCUAAAUGAUAUGCAACGACCAUUGUAUGGGGCAUUGGCUACAAAAAUAUUUCUGCAUUUAACUGUCGGCCGGUCUAUACCUAUACAAACAGUCGAUGAACAGGCUAUCUAUUGGAAACAAUACUAUACAACCAACACUACCCGUGUCGGUGAUGUCGACAGUGUCGACAAAUUUCUAGGACAGGUAUAUAAUUUAGAAGAUCUAUACGAAUGUCAGCCACAUAUUAAUCUCUGUAUAGUAUUGGACGGUUCGGGUAGUAUUAGACCAAAAGAUUUUCAAUUAGCUAAAGAUUUUCUGUAUAAUAUAACCGCAAAAAUUAGUUCAUUGAAUGGUAACUAUUGUUUGGUAUUAUAUUCAGAUUAUGCACAAACUAUCUAUGACUAUACGGAAACUAAUUUAACCAAUAGAUUACAAAUGAUUAGAAAUCUUAAACAAUUUCAUAUGACUACCAAUUCAAGAGCCGGUAUUCAACAAGCAGUCGAUAUUAUGCAGUCAUCCCAGUCGACACUGCCCUACAAAACAAUGUUUUUGCUGACUGACGGCAAGUCUAACGAUGGGGUAGAACCAGCUCUAAGUAAUGCCAAGAAAUCAGGGAUCAAGUCAUGGGUAUGGGGUGUCGGACCGGGUGUUAAUGUCCAGGAAUUGUUGGAAAUUGCCUAUAAAUUACCCGAUAAUGUUAGACAACUAACUAAAUAUAGUGGACUUCGUAGUGAAUUAUAUGCAUUCAAACAGUCCGUAUGUACUGAUCCAUUGCCACUAAAUAUAGACCAAAAAUUUGAUGAUAUAUUAGCGAAAAGAAAAAAACAAUAUUUUGUAAUUGAUUUAACAAAAACUACUGGCAGUGGUAUAAACCUAACGGUUCAAACAACUAAUGGCAAACUAUUGGGUUAUUAUGCCUAUAGUACCCAACAUCCAUCAUCAGCUGUCAAUGAUGACCAGUUUGCUGAUGUUCAUAACCCGAUUUACAUACCCGGCCAACAACAACAUAAACAAGUUUAUGUUGCUAUUGAAGGCCAGCUCAUGGAUAACGCUUAUAGUAUUAUUGCAACUAAUGUUUAA